AUGUCUCGUGAUAAGCUCGUCGAAAAGAAGUCCGCUCUGGAUGCUCUCGUCAGCUGCGUUAAACCAGGAGGCCUUUUACUCCUGGGGGACGGCGGCGGAUCCAUCUUCGACGAACACAAGAAGCCUAUACCACCCGCAGGGGGUGAUGCACCUUCGUCGCAAUACAGCUGGUUAUCUCGAUACCUGCUCACAAUCGUGUCAAACAUCGGCGACGGGAACUCCGAUAUAGAGCCAGAGAAACACUACCUCCUCCGUACUGUCAAGACGAUGCUUCAAGACACCAUGCUCUUCUCGGAAGUGGGUUACUGCGAAUUCUUCGCCCCAAUAGGAUGGGACGGGAACGGUAUGGAGAACGGGCACGAACUGGGGGAGAUUAUGAGGAGUAAUCACAUGGCGCUGUUGGACAUGCGCAGGCCGCUGCUGGUCAAGUAUGGGUUUCCGGAGGAGCAAGUGGAACAUUGGGCCGCGGAGGCGAGAAAGGAGAUGGACGACCCUAGUAAACGACGCUAUGCCAGAUGGAUAUCGCUUUGGGCGUUCAGAUCCAGAUGCGAGGACCAAGUAGAUACGUAUGUACUCAGAGAUGCCAGUAAUGAUUGGGAAAGAUUGACCCUACGUUCGGGUUGGACGUGGUCAUUUCGCUCGGAUCAAGACGCCGAUUCUUUCCUCAUGGACGUCGAAAACAACCCAGAGACUAUUCCUCGCAGGCCCGGCAAACGCCCAGCGACCGAGGCGGAUGAUGAGCCCUCGUCUAAGAAAACCAAGGUUGAUGGAGCAGACGUGAAGCCAGCACAACCCCCGAGGCGUCCUUUCGACACGCUGCCCCUUGAACUUCUUGCAGAGAUCUUGUCAUACACAUCCUCUCCCCGGGACAUACUCGCAGUGGCGAGAUGCAGCAAGGUGCUUUGCGACACCCUUGUCCAAAACCCCGCGACGGUUUACAUCUGGCGCAAAGCGCGAGCUAGAGCUCAACCGGAGCCCAUACCGGACCCAACUCCUAACUUCCACGAAGCGGCAUAUGCUGCGUUCAUAUACGACCCUGGAAUAUGCUACGUUUGCGGCGCGUUCACGAAGAAAAUGUACGAGUCCUUUUCACUCAGGGUUCGCUUGUGCAACUCCGCGAAAUGCAUCCAUAAAUACAGAGACCAAUACCUUAUGUCAGUGUACAUGGCAGAACCUUACCUGGAAUGGCUUCUCGCCGCCGAGUGUCAUCCCAGUGCACUAUCCGCCAGCCAGUACUGGCCGGAUACGAGGAAACGUUACCUUCGGAGUCAACAUGACGAGGCGAGAGACUACUACAACAAAGCUCAGCUCUCGCCGAACAAGGAGGAGCUUCUCAAGGCCAAAUCCGUUGUAGCUAGCAGAAUAUCUCGGAUCAUGACGCAUGCCGUUUCUCUGGUCAAGUGGUCCGAAAAGUGGCAGAAGAAAUAUGAUAGCGCCAAGGGAGCUUUGGGAGCCUUACGCGACCUUUUCGCGGCCCGAGAGGGAUGGAAUCAAUGGGACUUGCACAACAGCGAGACAUAUGGCGCGCUGGAAAGGAGUCGUAUGGUUACAUUCGAGACUAUAUCCGAGUUCGACUUUGCCACCUUGAAACAGGCCAUUCAGGCAGACAUGACCAAGAUAUCCGAGCGCCGCGAGCGUCAAAAAGCUGAAGAACUUCGUCGGAAACGGCGUAAUGAGAUCGCCAAGUUUCACCAACGUAUACAGUCGCAAGGAGAGCGGAACAUGCCUUCCCUUUCCGAGUUUCGGAAGCUGCCUGCCGUCAGCGCACUGCAAGGCAAUCCGUCGAUCAACCUGAAAGCAACAUUGAAACAGGACGACGAUCCCAUUGCAGCUGUCAUGGGCGAUAUCCAGAAGUGGCGUGACGCGCUGCGCGCGACACUCGCCGCGAGACUGGGCUAUCCCGAGUACCAGUCGACGUCGCAGAACGUGCUCCACCCGGUGGACCGGGUCACGGCAAGAUUCGUUUGCACCGUUUGCCGCACGACGUCCCGAAAAUACGACGCGGACGGGUGCCUCGAUUUUGCCGGGGUAUGUGGGCACGAGUGCCGGGGAUUAGACGAGAAGAAGAGGAAACACCAAUGGAAUGCCGAUAAUUUCAUCCCGCAGCGACAGGUCAUCGAUGUGAUCGCCCAAGCGUAUUCGCUACUCGGCCUCAAACCUGACGAUCCGGAAUGUAAAGCCCAGCUCAGUGGCAUAGGAGCUCGCAUCCGGUGUCUCUCCUGCAAAGCGGUCAUUCUGAUGGACUUCCAAUCCAUGAUUGGUCACUCCGGGCGGCAUGAGACGAUGGAGAUAACUAUUAUCUCCCGCGAAGAGGCCGACCUCGUCUUGACCCAACCAUUGGAGUUAGGGCUGACGCAGAGACUGUUCACCCCGAGCAUCGGCGCAAAGAAAGAGCAUCGUCACAAGGUGUACGGAUGCCGCCACUGCAUCCAGCAUCCCGCCCCUUCGACGAGUCCAGAUGUCAACAUCGCGUCUGAUGCCCCUGGCGGUACGGUCCUCCUCGCCUCAAAUGGCGACGCUGGGUCGUCGGCUGGCUCCACCGAGCGCGUCACGAGUGCCCCGCGGGUCGCCAAAAGCAGGCCAGUCGCUGCCAGCAACGUGAGAUUGUGGGAUUUGAACGCGCUUCGGUCGCAUGUAAAGGCGAAACAUGGGGUAGCGUUACCGAGAGACGAGGACGUGUUCCGGGUCGUCGUUUGAGGAGAUACGGGUUGAAUGGUUACGAGGCUUUAUGUAUGACCCGCUCACGGGUAUUUGUCUGCUUGUUUCCGAUGUAUAUCCCUCUCGAGGCCGCACUGAACAAGUUCC